AUGGCCACUCUAAAGAACUUCCACGUUCUCAUCAUGCUGGUUCUCCAGCUUCUCUGCUUGGGCUUCCUCGCUCAUGUCUCUACUGGCGAAGUGAUUCCACACGAGUUCGUUGUCUGCCUGGACGAAGGCUACCCUCUGCAAUCUCACUUCGAGUACAUCGGCAAGCAGUUGAACAUCUCUCGCUACAUUGAAAACCUUGACUGCUACGACAUCGACUUUCACAACACUACCACGACCCACGACCUUUCUGAGCAGGCCGUCCUUGACUUGAUCCGCAGUGAUCCACAAGUCUACAGUGUCUCGUCUCACCUGUCAUCCAUCCCGGGUUUUUGGGUUGAAGGAAAACCCAGCCCACCAUCUGAUUUUAAGAACCAGUCUCACAGCACCCAUUCCAGAGCCUCUUACGAAACUCUAACCCAGGAGGACGCUUCUUGGGCUCUCAGCUACGUCUCAAGCGACCAAGCGGUCCCAGCUGAAUCAAAGUACUACUACAUGCAGAGGGGCGGACAGGGUGUCGAUGUCUACGUCCUGGAUACUGGUCUAGAUCCAAUCGUCGCUGAUCUGCACGAUCACAGAUUCUUCACCUACGACUCUUUUGUGAGCGAGGAGCCGGACACUGUGGACUACAAUGGACAUGGUACUCAUGUCGCCAGCAUCGUCGGCAGCGACAGAUUUGGCGUCUGCAAGUUGUGCGCAGUCAUCUCACUGAAGACAAGCAAUGCUACCGGAUUAAACACCUCGAAACCAGUCCGCGACGCCAUCAAUUAUGCGAUCUGGAGACACAACAUCAAGAAACAAACAGAGCCUGGCUUCAAGGGAUCAAUCAUCAACAUGUCGUUUGGUUUCAACGCUACUGAUGCGGAUCUUGACGACGUGAGACGUGCAAUCAAGGCUGCAGAUGCAGCAGGAAUUCUCAUGGUAGCUGCUGCUGGAAACGAUGGUAUGGUUCUGGGAUUCAAGAGAUAUACCGAAUCUUACGUCUACCCUGCCACAUCUGGCAGAGUCAUCACGGUUGGAGGAUCAUUGGAGUACAACACCUGGUUUCGGUCCUCCAACUAUGGACCCUUGAUCAACGUCCUCGCGCCCGCAAGCUGCGAGUCAUACUGGCGUGAUGCCACAACUCGCCCCGCGUCUGGAACAUCCCAGGCAGCACCUCAUGUGGCCGGUGUUCUUGCUCUCUGGAUGAGCUAUGAAGGUUCAUUCAACAAGACAAUCGCGAGCCAACGUCUGAUGCAGAACUCCGACAUCGGCUAUAUCAGUGGUGUCCCACCUAACACACACAACUCUUUCGUCAACAGUGGUAUCCACAAGGGUUUCCCAUACGUCGGCGUUCCUGAAGGAGCUGGUUUCACUGACUGA